GGAUCCGUGCGCGAGGAGCCGGAGUGCGGGCCCGGAGGUGGCGGCAUGAGCCGGCCCCCGCCGACGGCGAAAAUGCCCGGCGCCCCCGAGGCCGCGCCGGGGGACGGGGCCGGCGCCGGCCGCCAGAGGAAGCUGGAGGCGCUGAUCCGGGACCCGCGUUCCCCCAUCAACGUGGAGAGCCUGCUGGAUGGCUUAAAUUCCUUGGUCCUUGAUUUGGAUUUUCCUGCUUUAAGGAAAAAUAAGAAUAUAGAUAAUUUCUUAAAUAGAUAUGAGAAAAUUGUGAAAAAAAUCAGAGGUUUACAGAUGAAAGCAGAAGACUAUGAUGUGGUGAAAGUAAUUGGAAGAGGUGCUUUUGGUGAAGUCCAGUUGGUUCGUCAUAAGGCAUCACAGAAGGUUUAUGCUAUGAAGCUUCUUAGUAAAUUUGAAAUGAUAAAAAGGUCAGAUUCUGCUUUUUUCUGGGAAGAAAGAGAUAUUAUGGCCUUUGCCAACAGUCCUUGGGUGGUUCAGCUCUUUUGUGCUUUUCAAGAUGAUAGGUAUCUUUACAUGGUAAUGGAAUACAUGCCCGGUGGAGACCUUGUAAACCUUAUGAGUAAUUAUGAUGUGCCUGAAAAAUGGGCCAAAUUUUAUACUGCUGAAGUUGUUCUGGCUCUGGAUGCAAUACACUCCAUGGGUUUAAUCCACAGAGAUGUGAAGCCUGACAACAUGCUCUUGGAUAAACAUGGUCAUCUAAAAUUAGCAGACUUUGGCACGUGUAUGAAAAUGGAUGAAACAGGAAUGGUGCACUGUGACACAGCAGUCGGAACACCUGACUAUAUAUCACCUGAGGUUCUGAAAUCGCAAGGAGGCGAUGGUUACUAUGGGCGAGAAUGUGAUUGGUGGUCUGUAGGUGUUUUCCUUUUUGAGAUGCUAGUGGGAGAUACUCCAUUUUAUGCAGAUUCACUUGUAGGAACUUAUAGCAAAAUUAUGGAUCACAAAAAUUCUCUCUGUUUCCCUGAAGAUGCAGAAAUUUCUAAACAUGCAAAGAGUCUCAUCUGUGCCUUCUUAACAGACAGAGAGGUACGACUUGGGAGGAAUGGGGUAGAAGAAAUCAAACAACAUCCUUUCUUUAAGAAUGAUCAAUGGAAUUGGGAUAACAUAAGAGAGACGGCGGCUCCUGUAGUGCCUGAACUCAGCAGCGAUAUAGACAGCAGCAAUUUUGAUGACAUUGAAGAUGAUAAAGGAGACGUAGAAACCUUCCCAAUUCCUAAAGCUUUUGUAGGAAAUCAGCUGCCUUUUAUAGGAUUUACCUACUAUAGAGAAAAUUUGUUAUUAAGUGACUCUCCAUCUUGUAGAGAAAAUGAUUCAAUACAAUCAAGGAAAAAUGAAGAAAGUCAAGAGAUUCAGAAAAAACUAUAUAUACUAGAAGAACAACUUAACACUGAGACUCAAGCCAAAGAAGAGUUAGAACAAAAGUGCAAAUGCAUUAAUACUCGACUAGAAAAAACAGCAAAAGAGCUGGAAGAAGAGAUUACAUUACGGAAAAAUGUGGAAUCAGCAUUAAGACAAUUGGAAAGAGAAAAGGCCCUACUUCAGCACAAAAACGCAGAAUAUCAACGGAAAGCUGAUCAUGAAGCUGACAAGAAACGGAAUUUAGAAAACGAUGUUAACAGCCUAAAAGAUCAACUUGAAGAUUUGAAAAAAAGAAAUCAGAACUCUCAGAUAUCCACUGAGAAAGUAAAUCAACUCCAGAAACAACUGGAUGAAACGCAUGCUUUGCUGAGAACAGAAUCUGAUACUGCAGCUCGGUUAAGAAAAACCCAGGCAGAAAGUUCAAAACAGAUUCAACAGCUGGAGUCUAACAAUAGAGAUCUGCAAGAUAAAAACUGCCUGCUUGAAACUGCCAAGUUAAAACUUGAGAAAGAAUUUAUCAAUCUUCAGUCAGCUCUAGAAUCUGAAAGGAGGGACCGGACCCAUGGAUCAGAGAUAAUUAAUGAUUUGCAAGGCAGAAUAUCUGGCCUAGAAGAAGAUUUAAAGAAUGGCAAAAUCUUACUAGCAAAAAUAGAGCUGGAGAAGAGACAACUACAGGAAAAGUUCACUGAUUUGGAAAAGGAAAAGAGCAACAUGGAAAUAGAUAUGACGUACCAACUAAAAGUUAUACAGCAAAGUUUAGAACAAGAAGAAGCUGAACACAAGACUACAAAAGCACGGCUAGCAGAUAAAAAUAAGAUCUAUGAGUCCAUUGAAGAAGCUAAAUCAGAGGCCAUGAAAGAAAUGGAGAAGAAGCUCUUAGAAGAAAGGUCUUUAAAACAGAAGGUAGAGAACCUAUUACUAGAAGCUGAGAAAAAAUGCUCUAUUUUGGACUGUGACCUCAAACAGUCACAGCAAAAGGUGAAUGAGCUCCUUAAACAAAAAGAUGGACUCAAUGAGGAUGUUCAAAAUUUGACGUUAAAAAUAGAGCAGGAAACUCAGAAGCGCUGCCUAACGCAAAAUGACCUGAAGAUGCAAACACAGCAAGUUAACACAUUGAAAAUGUCAGAAAAGCAGUUAAAACAAGAGAAUAAUCACCUCAUGGAAAUGAAAAUGAACCUGGAGAAACAAAAUGCUGAACUUCGGAAAGAGCGCCAGGAUGCAGAUGGGCAAAUGAAAGAGCUCCAGGAUCAGCUUGAAGCAGAGCAGUAUUUCUCAACACUCUAUAAAACACAAGUUAGAGAACUUAAGGAGGAAAGUGAAGAAAAGACUAAACUGUGUAAAGAGUUACAGCAGAAGAAACAGGAAUUACAGGAUGAAAGGGACUCCUUGGCUGCCCAGCUGGAGAUAACAUUAACCAAAGCAGAUUCUGAGCAGCUGGCUCGUUCAAUUGCUGAAGAACAGUAUUCUGAUUUGGAAAAGGAAAAAAUCAUGAAGGAACUAGAGAUCAAAGAGAUGAUGGCUAGACAUAAACAAGAACUUACUGAAAAAGAUGCUACUAUUGCAUCUCUUGAAGAAACGAAUAGGACACUAACUAGUGAUGUUGCUAAUCUUGCAAAUGAGAAAGAAGAAUUAAACAACAAAUUGAAAGAUGCUCAAGAACAACUGUCACGACUGAAAGAUGAGGAGAUCAGUGCCGCAGCCAUUAAAGCGCAGUUUGAGAAGCAGCUGCUGACAGAGAGGACGCUCAAGACGCAGGCUGUGAAUAAAUUGGCUGAAAUCAUGAAUCGAAAAGAACCUGUCAAGCGUGGCAGUGACACAGAUGUACGAAGAAAAGAGAAGGAGAAUAGAAAGCUACAUAUGGAGCUUAAAUCUGAACGUGAAAAACUGACCCAACAGAUGAUCAAGUAUCAGAAAGAACUGAAUGAAAUGCAGGCUCAAAUAGCUGAAGAGAGCCAGAUUCGAAUUGAACUGCAGAUGACGCUGGACUCUAAGGACAGUGACAUUGAGCAGCUGCGCUCCCAGCUCCAGGCCUUGCACUUGGACAGCUCCAGUACUGGCAGUGGCCCAGGAGAUGCAGAUGCUGAUGAUGGGUUUCCAGAAUCAAGAUUAGAAGGAUGGCUGUCUUUACCUGUGCGAAACAACACUAAGAAAUUUGGAUGGGUUAAAAAGUAUGUGAUUGUAAGCAGUAAGAAGAUUCUUUUCUAUGACAGUGAACAAGAUAAAGAGCAAUCUAAUCCUUACAUGGUUUUAGAUAUAGACAAGCUAUUUCACGUCCGACCAGUUACGCAGACAGAUGUAUAUAGAGCAGAUGCUAAGGAAAUCCCGAGGAUCUUCCAGAUUCUGUAUGCCAAUGAAGGAGAAAGUAAGAAGGAACAAGAAUUUCCAGUGGAGCCAGUGGGAGAAAAAUCUAACUAUAUUUGCCACAAAGGACAUGAAUUUAUUCCUACUCUUUAUCAUUUCCCAACCAACUGUGAGGCUUGUAUGAAGCCACUGUGGCACAUGUUUAAGCCCCCUCCUGCUUUAGAGUGCCGUCGCUGCCACAUUAAGUGUCAUAAAGACCACAUGGACAAAAAGGAGGAGAUUAUAGCACCAUGUAAAGUGUAUUAUGAUAUAUCAACGGCAAAGAAUCUAUUGUUAUUAGCAAAUUCUACGGAAGAACAGCAGAAGUGGGUUAGUCGGUUGGUGAAAAAAAUACCUAAAAAGCCCCCAGCUCCAGACCCUUUUGCACGGUCAUCUCCUAGAACUUCAAUGAAGAUACAACAGAAUCAGUCUAUCAGACGGCCAAGUCGACAGCUUGCUCCAAACAAACCAAGCUAACUGUCUUCUGUGAAAGCAGUCAUCAAGGUGAUCACAUUCUUCCAGUUAAAACAAGACUCAAAUAUAAUGUCCCAAAAUUUAUUAAAAGCUAUAUUUUACUGAGAGACUGAUAACACACAUACAUAUAUAUGUUCCCUUUUUCCUAUAAUGUAAAUUAAAAAUCAUGGACAGAUUGGCUUACUCCUUUGACCAGCAGUGAUUGGUGAGUAGAGUAAGGGUAGACACAGAUCUUCUAGCUCGCUGCAUUCAGCUCUCCUGGCAGUCAUUCACACUACACCGCCAAACACAAGAGUUACAGAAAUCAUCUUUCAGCUUCAACCAAGAUUUCACCAGCACAUUUACCCAGAAGAAUCUGGGAGUGGAGUCCACUACAGUGACAGACUGCAUCGUAGAAAGAGUGACCAUGAUAUUGUGUUAUUUGUAAUGUGUAUGUAUGUAUAUGUAUAUAUAUGUGCGUGUGUGAAACACACUUACGCACACACAAACACAUAGUACUGUAAUACUGUAAGAGGGUUUUUUUUUAACUUACCAUUUUAUUUUUAUAUGCAUUAAUCAGAUAUCAUUUCUUCAGUUGCAACUAUGCACUUGUACAAAGCCAUAAUCCUGGAGUUUGUCCUCAUCCACAUGUAUCUGAUAGGAGCUGCAUGUUCAUGUCGAAGCAAUUACUGCAACAAAAAGCUUGAAGUUUAUAUCAGUUUCCUAGUGCUCCAUGAUAGGCAACUUCGCCCAUUUUGAAUGCCUUAAUUUAAUUUUUUUCAAAGUCUUGAUCCUUUUCUGUAUUUAUGGGGGGGUAGGGGAGGAAGGAACAAGUAUUUACCAGCUCGUAGAUACAAACUUGCUUUGUGGACAAAAAAUAGUGCACUAUUUUUUACACACAAUAGUUACAUCACAUCAGGCUCUUGGUUGUAUAACAAGACUUUUUUUUUUAAAUGUGUUGGUCAUAGAAACAAUAAUGGGUAGAAAUGGAGGCUAUAUGAUACUUUUGUACACCCAUCCCCUUUCCAGACAUCAGUGUUAGUCUGUGACUACAGCAGGCUUUGCUUGGAAUUUGCUGGCUAACCUAGGUGUGGCUUUGUUUCUGGUAAAUACGUUUGUGACUAUUUCUACGUUUUCACACUCAUGAUUCAGAAAUUGUCUUAAAUAUGAGGAAAACUAAGAUAUAUGUAGAUAUAUUUUAAAUAUUUAAAUGUGAUCUUGAAACAUAACCUUAUGGCAAUAUUCCAGUGUUGGGUUAAGAAAACUGGUAACUUGGAAGAAGCAGCCUCAGAGGCACUUAAUUUGAUUUUUUGUUUUUAAAAGGCUAUUAAGAUGAUUUAUUUCUCAUCCCAGAUAAAUACAUUUUGUACCAUGACAAUAUGCAGCACUGGUACACAUCAAGUUUCGUUUUUUUAAAAAUUAUGUACUCUUUUACCAGUCUCAUAUAUAUAUAUACACCACAGUUGGGUAUGAUAUUGAAAUAUCCAGUAUCUCAGUGAAGGAAGUAGACUUUUUUUUUUAAUCACUUCCUUCUAGGGUCAGUGUAGAGAUGUUUAAAGAGUUUGAUCCUCAUUAAAGAUACUAUUUUGGAAAUUAAAGCUCAGCCUUGGCCUACUGAUAUACUGAAGCUGAAUUGUGAUUUUUUUUUUAAGUUAAUCUGCAUCUUUCAUGCUGCCUAUACUAAUACUAGAUGUGAAGCACUUCCUGUGCAGCAGGAAUGCUCUGCAGCUCUGGUUUGGGCAUAACUUUUCCUACCUUCCUCUUUCUUUCCUCUCCUCUUUCCCUUUCCAUCCCCCUUCCUUCCUAGACUAAAAAAAAAAUAUAUAUAUAUAUAUAGAAUAUAUAUAGAAGUAUUUCCAUUCAUCAGAGUUGUUUAAAAGGAGACUGAAUUAAUAUUUUAUAUAAAGAUUUUGUUACAUUAUGGGAGGUUCUAGCCUAUUCUGAAUUGGAGAGUAUAUAUAAAUAUAUAUAUUUUUAAUAAACUUUAUUAAGGUGAAAUAAUGUCAAGUUUACACAUGAAUAACUGAAGUAUUUGAGUACAGAAGGCAAAAGUAUAAAUUUUGUUGUACAUAUAUGUGUGUGUGCGGAAGAAAGAGGAGAGUCGUGCCGGACGUGGACCUGUGCACGAAAACCGACAGGCAGUGCUCAGCAGGCGACGGUCCCGAGAGGUGGAGAGAUCUCCCGUGGAGAUAGUUCCCACAGUGUGGCCUCAUGUCAGGAUUCAUGGGGUGGUUCUUCCAACCAAGGGAAAUGUGCUGAGUAGACACUCCUGAGCUCAACUGGCCCUUCCCCUCACGGCCUCUGCACGGCGUGUGUGCGUGCAUGCGGGUAGCUGUCCACGUAUUCCUCCCAACACUCACCCAAUAGCAUCACUCUCCCUUGUGCCAGUUUCGUUCACCUUGAGACCCCAAAUGUCCAAGUCAAAUAGGAGACCAAAGGUUGCUUAUUUCUGAAUGCCUGGCUUCUCCUAGAACCGUAAAUACCUCCAGUUGGGAACUGAGUUAAUGAAUACUGGGAUUUUCUUGGUUGUAUUUGCUACUUUUGUUUUGUGGGGUAACAAGACAGAAGUUAGAACUAAUGCCGGUAAUUACUGUUGAAAAUUAAGGUGUGAUACAUUUUUAUAAGUAUUAAUUUUUUAAAUGCUGUCUAGAAGCAAGAUUAAGUAAAAUAUAUCUGAAAGCUUAAAAUUGUCCAGCUAACCAAUGGAAACAGGUUUGUGCUUUUGGAACUGACCUGUACUGACCUGUGCAGGGUCACACAGACCGGGCCCAAGGCUACUCUCCUCAGCUCAGUGGUAGAUCCUAAGCAAGAGAUGCUCGAGUUUGCCAAAUCACAACUUAAGAAGUUAUGCUGCUGUCGUUAACUUUUCUUUCAGGAUUGAGGGUAAAUCAGAGAAACUCAGACACUGCAUUCACCUUACAUUAACUAUGCUUUAAGUCACGCGCUCCGCUCGGCUUAGGGCCAGCCAGUCGUUUGAGUUUCUCCACCCCUGUGGACACCGCUACUGAACUCACCCCUCACCCGGCUGGCAAGCUUUCAGCUGCCCGGGCUGGAGGAUGGAGGAGCCGCGGCUGGCUGAAGAGCACUUUGAAGAGCGCUGUGUGACAGUGCUGGGUGUCAGGCCCAGGGGCCUCCCUCUCCCCCCCCAUAGGACUUUUGUUUGGAAUUGUAUUAAGUUAUGAGCUGCAUGGUUUAGAUAAUCAUAUUUGAUCAGCUGUUCCCCUGAACAAAAAUCAUACACCCUUGAUUUUUUAAAAUUUUGUUUCCUCUUUGUAGUAAUGUAAUUGUAUUUUAUGCCUGCUUUUUAUAAAAUAAAAUAGAUGAAUGAA